AUCGCAUGAGUCAUAGCUCUAUGGAAUAAAGGGUACAUAGGAUUUAAGUAAUUUUAGAAUGGACAGUUGUUGGUGAUGACAAUCCAAAUAGAUGAUAAACGAAGUGGUAGAAUAGAUGUAUUCGAAGGAGAUGAUCCUGAAAUACUGGCACGAGAUUUUUGCAUUAAAUAUAAUUUAAAUUAGAGGGUGGCACCAUUACUUAUAGAUAAUAUUCAAAAACAAAUUUCAAUAGCCCAAAAGGAACGCAUGAAUAUGGUUCAAUAUGUAAGAUGUUGGAAACCUAUUUAGCUGUCUCAAAAGAAGCAAAAUCAAAGACCAACUGAGUAAUCUAGUGAAAUGCACACUCAGUAAUAGGGCUCUUCUCCAAUCAUAGCAUAAUCUCAACAAUCCCCUAUGAAACAAGAGAGCAUAAACUAAACUGUAUAUGACAGACUAUAUCAAGAUGCUCACAAUAAAAAGCUGAAAAAACAAUUGCAAUUAUCAGAAAACAAGUCUAGCAGUUAGAUUAUGAAAUCUCAAGAAUCAGAAGUGAAUUAUGGUUUGAUACUAUAUUAAAAGGGAAUUCAAAAAAAAGAAGAGAAAUUACAAAAGGCUGAAAGUGCAAGAAAAGACCUACAAAAAUCUUAACUUGUUGAAUGUACUCACAAACCUCAAAUCAAUUCUCUUUCAUCUAAAAUUGCAUAACGCUCCCCUAAACCAGUCGGUGAACAUUUAAAUGAAUUAGCAAAGUUAAUAUAGGAGAAAAGAGAGAAUGCUCAAAAUUAUAAGUUGGAAAUGGAAUAGCAAAGUUGUUCAUUUCAUCCUUAAAUUAAUAGAGUGUAAUCUAUUCCAGUUAUAUUUUAAGUUCCUCUUCAAUUGUAGACGAGAAAAAGAAAUAAUCCUAAAUUGCAAUACCUCAUUACGAAUCCUUGUAUUAAGAUAUGGAUGUGAAACAACAAAAACUGAAUGAAUUAGAUAGAAAUUAUUUUACUUAGAAACAUACAUUUCAUCCCAAAAUUGAUUAAAUAUCUGAACAAUUAGUUUAAGGUCUGAGUUUUGAAGAAAGAAGAUAAAAGUUUAGACAUAAAUCCAAAGAAAGAAAUUCCAGUGCAGAUGAAAGCAAUAUGUUCAGACCAAGGACAGGUAGACCACCUGAGUAAAGGCCAGAAAAUUUGUUUGAUAAUCUAUAUAAAGAUGCUUAAUUAUUAGCUUAAAAAAGAGCAGCAGUUUUAUCUUGUAGCAAGGAAAAAAUUAUGAAUUAAUCAAAAGUAAGAGCCAGUUAGAAAUCUGAAUUCUUAACACAAUAAGCUAUUAUAAAUUCUCUUGCAAAUAUAUUUGAUUUGAUUGAUACUGAUGAGGAUGGGGAAAUAGAUGCCAUUAGAAUUAAUCUAGGAAAUCUUAAUUAAACUGUUAUUCAAAUACUCUAACCACUAUUUUCUGAGAUGGAAGAAGGUAGACAUAUACUUACUAAAAGUGAAUUCAUUGAAUCUGCGAUGAGAUUAGUAUACACUCUUUCAAACAAAGAAAAACACGACUUAUUGAAGAAGCCCAACUCAAGAAAAUCUGAUGUGCCAACCUAUACUUUUCAAGUGUAACAUUUUCAUUAAUUUUUAGCCAUCAAUCAAUUAAAGACCUUUAAAACAUUCUGGAUCAAAAAAUAGAUGA